AUGUCCGCCAACACCGUCACAUCCCUCUACCGGCGUUCGUUGAAGCUCGCUCUAGAUUGGGCUGUCCACAGACAUGUGUGGAAAGGGCAAGCAGUCUACAUUCGCUCCCUCUUCGAUGCGAAUAAGGACGUUCGCGACCCGCGGCAACAAAAGGUUCUAUUGCGAGAGACAGAAAAGCUACUAGAAACCUGGAAGCAUCCCGAUCCCUACCGGGCCCCGACAGCUCCUGGUGGAAGCAAAUACGAGAGAAACCUCCCCGCUCGCCAAUUACCUUAUGCCCCAGACACCGACGCGCAUUGA